ACUAAAUCCAUCUCUAUACUGCAAGGUGGAAUUUUUGAAAUAAAGAGAGGGAAACCAGUCUACAUGAUCACUUGUAUCACGUGCGUAGCACGAGUACUACUCUGAAUCACACACUAGAGCUUGGGAUCGAAACCAUCCUUUCUCUUCCCCCACGCGCCUGAUGCCGGUCAAAAAGUUGCCCCAACAGAUUAGUCACGCCUUUUUCGCUGAUUUCAUUGCAGUACUGAGCUAUUAACCGCCGCUGUGCUAUGCGAACUGCGUGCUUCUCCUUUGCCAGCCACACCAUAUAUACCUCCAAGAGAUAGAGAUAGACACACAGAUACACAUCUCGAUCGAUCGCCAUGGCUGCACCAGCAUUCCUCCUGUUCCUCAUGCUCGCUCUCGCCGGAGCAGUUGCUGAUGCCAAAGACGACAGACCUGCACUCAUCGUCGUCAAUCUUCAUGGCCACGCCCCUGUUGACGGCAAGACCUCCGUGGGCAUGCAGACCCACGACCUCUCGCUGCCCGGCUUCACCAACGGCAGGGGCGACUGGCAAGCCUUCCCAGGCCACGAGCACCUGUUCGCCACGUCCACGCCCCUCCCGUUCGGCGACAGCUACGAGGAGCUCAUCGGCGGCCUCGCGAACCUGCCGGAUGUGCCGCUGGGGCGGGAUGCCAUGCAGCACGCGGCCCAGGUGAUGUUCGCCUACGACCCGGCCACCACCGCCGACCACCAGCCGCUCAAGCGGGCGCUGGCGUCGCUCAAGGUGAUGCUAUCCGAGGCCCAGCGGCUGCAGCCCAUCCACGAGACCGUCAGCAGCGGAUGGGAGAGCGGAGCCCGCGUGAACGCCGAGCACCUGCCCUACAUCGAGCACUGGGACACCAUGUCCUACGAGAUCCUCCGCUCCAACAGGACCGGCAAGUGGGACGGGCCCUUCACCAAGAUGCUGGAGACUCGCGCCAACAUCCGCAGCGAGGAGGAGGCCCUCGCCGUUGUCAAGGUGCUGCUGAAUCCCAGCUUCGAGCGAGUGCUCAUGGCUCACGCCACCAGGAUCAACUAGCUUGGACCUUGGAGUGAACUUGCAGGCAUGCAUCUGCUUUAGAUUUUAGAUAGACUAGAUUUAAAUGUGCGCCUUGGCGCACGACCCCGUAAAAUUUGUCCUGAUUUAAACUUUAUAUAUCAACAAUAAAACAUAGGCAAAAAAAAGUUGAGGAUGACAUUAGUAAAAAAUCAGACGAAAUCAUGAACGUAGUGGAAAAAGCUUAUAGACAAUGCCCACAUGCAGCUUUACACAUGCAAAACUCACUUUCGGGGUGCCCUUGGCGCACGAUCCCAUAAAAUUCGCACUGAUUUACAAUUUAUGUACUGAUAGAUAAAAAUUGGCUGGAAAAAUGAUAACACUCUAUUUAGGUUUUACAAAACAAAACCAAUAGUUUGAAAUUAGGAUAAGACACAAGCAAUCACGAAUGAAGUAUCAAACACUUCUAUAUAAUCAGGAAAAUAGAUGAAUAUUUUGGGGUAAUAAACAUCAAAUGAAAAAUCAAACUAUCUUGAUAGGUGAAACACUAUGUAAAUCAACAUUAAUACUACAUGUCGUACUACAUGGUGCAUUAAUACCACAUGU